AAUAGAGAGAAAUCGUGCAGCGAUUCUAUUAGCAAUUUUGUAAGAGACGCAUAGAAAAAAUGGAGUGCGCCGCAAAGGGCGGUGGAACGCCGUGCUCCGGCCCUCCCAUCCGCCGUUGCCAACGUUGCCAAGUCGUUGCGUACUGCUCCCUCGCUCAUCAGGUUUCGCACAGAAGUGCGCAUAAAAGAGAGUGUGAGAGGUUCGAGCAGCAAAUGAAGCGCGCUAACACCUUGAAUGAUUUCCCUUUCACAUUCACCCAAAUCCAGGAUACAAGGUGUUCAUUUUUAAAUAGGCUUGGCGUCCACCUUUUAGGAAUGUGGAUUUGUGAAUGCAGCUGUGGUGGAGUCUCAGCCUCUAGUUAUGACCAUUCAAGGUUGAUGAGUAGUUGGAAUCUUCCAAGUGAGUUAUGUCCUUGCAGAGGACCAUCCUCUCCAAUACCUGACUGCCUAACUUCUUGGAAGGACUACUACGAGUGGAGGCACAUCCCUUUUUGUAGCCCUGCUUCUUUACUUCUUCAUUGGCCCUUAACAAUAUUCCGGGCCAUUCAGCUUGCAACUCUUGAAAGCUUGCUUCCUGAAUUCGCCAACGAACUGCGAAUACAUUAUCUAGGACCAGAAAGGGAACUUCUUCAGCUGGUAAUCUUUGGGGAGCUGCAAGCACUCUUCCCGGGAGUAAAGCUGUACAUCGAUCUUGUUGGACCUGCAAUUCCAAAUGUCAGGGACGGUGAAAAGAUUGAUCUGUGUACUUAUGCUCAGUGUAAUGACAUGGGCUGUGAGUGCCAGAGUUCUGCUGAUAGUUACCGCGAAAGGGUAGACACUCGUCUCUCUUCUGCAAUCACAUUACGACUCCAUGCAGGCUGUUAUCAUGACUGUUACAGAGAAUUACUGCAGGAUUCUUUUCCUCAUAUUAUCAUAGCCCCAAACGCAGGUGUUGCCGCCUACAAGAGCUGGAUACCUACUCUUGAAGUAAUAAAGGAUCUCAAGGUUCCAGCAGUAUUCUCCGAUUACUGUGAAGAAGCUUGUCAUCUUGCAGCUUCAUGUAUCAGAUCUGUAACAGGCUAUGCUCCUAGAAUACCAAUUCAGAUAAACCCAUUCAGGCAGCCUCUUUGUGUUGAAGAAAGUGCUCUCUAUCUUCCAUGUUAUUCUAAUUGCUUCAUGUUUGGCUUGUGAACUAUACUAGUUGUUUGUGCAAUGAAUUAAAGCGAUGCUGCUCUUAA